GAUUGGGAGGUGUCGAAUACCCUAAUUUAGAAUGGGGGUGUUCCUCCCUCUUUUUUUUUUGCUUUUCUCUCUUUUUUCUCUUUCUUUUUUUUUCGUUUUUUAUACAUAAAAACUCCCUUUUUUAUUUAAUAUGAAUAUUACCGACCAUUAUUCUUUUGACAACAACAAUAAUAGCAAUGAACGCCGACCUUCUUUAAUCGAUCCAACGUCGAGCAGAACACUUUACCCGAUUUCUUCAUUUCGACAUCAUCCAUACCAAUUGGAUAACAGCACACAUUCGAGUCCUUCUAAUUCGCGUAGAGGUUCUCUUACGGAUCCUGCACUCCAUGUGUCCUUUCGACCCACCACCUCACAUUUAUCAUUUAAUUCACCUCCUUCCUCUCCUUCCUCCCGAAGAUCAUCCAUGGUUACAACCCCAGAAGGUGCCGGCGGAGUCAAUACGCCUGUGCCUGUGAUUAACCCAGCGUCGCCAUGGAGACGGGAAUCAUUACCGUCCAUCACCCACCUAACCAGCAAACCAUCCGACUAUCAGUUCAAACAUGUUAGAAUACAGGACAACCCUAGACGUCAUUCUAUUGCUGCUACGCCUAGGAAAUCUAGACAAAAUUCGCUAUCUUGUACACCUUAUGAGGAAGAAGAAGAUGAGGAAGAGGAAGAUGAUCGCCGUAUGAUGAGAAGAGGCAGUGAACAAACACCUUAUUCUCGCUCACCGGAGUUACGAGUGAGUCAUAAAUUGGCUGAACGUAAAAGAAGAAAGGAAAUGAAGGAUUUAUUUGAUGAUUUAAGAGAUUUACUACCUGUCGACAAAGGAUUAAAGACAAGCAAAUGGGAGAUCUUGAGUAAAACACUGGAGUAUAUUCGAAUCUUGCAUGAAAGAGAAGGCUUAAUGGAAAGAGAAAAAGCUGACUUGUUGAAUGAAUUAAAUUGCUUGAAGCGAUAAUCUGUUGCUUUCCCUUACCAACCCCACCUCUCCCCUUUUUUUUUCAUCCCCUCCUAAUUAAUAAUAAAAAAAUUCUAUUUUAACUGCCACGUGUCGCAAACUUUAAAUGCCGAAAAUAUAUAAAAAGAAUUUGUUGUGUGUGUGUGUG